GUCACAGCAGCUGGGUAUACACAGCGACAAGGGUUCUGCUCGUGUGAUAGAUUAUUUAAAAAGAGCAGCUAGAGAGAGAGAUAGAGAGAGGGAAAGGCGGAAAGAAAGGCUGGGUCUGACGUUUAUUCACGGUGAGGGAACGUUUUUGUCACCCACGUAUGCAGAUGGCAAAAAUGCCUACGGAGGAAGAUGGGGUGCGGCCUCUUAGAGGGGCAAAAAUGGGUGGAAAUGACUUCGGUAGUCUUCCAGCAGUGAACUAUCCGUGGUUUUUUGUUUGUCACUUUUGCCAGUGUGAGCUCAAAAGAUGGUUGAGUGUUAUUUUAAACAUCUCUCAGCAAAUGGCUAAAACCUUGGGUGGCGUGGGAGACCAUAGCACGUCCUUCUGCUGGUGUGGAAAGUCAGAUGAGGCAGGCAAGUUUGUACGCAGUGGAACUGGAGUGCCCAGGGUGAGUUGAGCUGAAGAGGGCUUGUGGAGUGCAAGGGGGUAGAAUUAGGAGGCAAGGUUCUUUCCGAGCAUGCUCCUGGGAACGAGUGGCAAAAUAAUAAAGAGGACAUCAUAAUCUAAUCAGACAACACAUCGUAUGCUGAGACAUCUCCUAGUCUAGGUUGAACGGGUGCCAGAAGAUUUUUCAUCUAUAGGAUGUAGGUUUCAUGAUUAUAUGGCUUCCCUGGGGCAUUGAUAGACUCUGGACAAUACACUGUUUCAGGUCCUCAGUCAUAUUGUCAGCUGUAUCCAGGUAACCACCCUCCACUCCUGGAGCUUCUCAUUUUCUGUAAAAACAUGCCUGAAAGUUUGUUCAAAAAGAACCACAAACUCAGUCUGGGCAGACCUUUGUGAGUAAAUAGGAUUAUCAGGAAGCCUCUUUGUCCCUCUUCCUCUUCUUCCUCCUCCUCCUUUCUUCUUUCUUCCUCUUCCUCUUCCCAGGGUCUUGUAUAGGUGAGAGGUCUACAGCUAAUAUUUCUAAGUUUUCUUUAGUUUGUCAACUAGACAGUUAGUUACUCUUAUAUUUUUUUGGUGCUGAGAAUUGAACCCAGGACAUUGCAUAUACCAGGCAACUGUCUGCCACUGAAUUAUGUUCCCCUUUCCACUACUUUUUUCUUAAAAAUACUUAGUCCAGGUUAGCCUGUAACUGAGAUCUUCUCCCUUGUCCCCCAAAGGCUCCAGGUACAGGCACACUGUGAUUUCAAGCAUGAAAAAGUGAAGUAGCCACCAUGAGUCAAGGCAGCUUCCCCGGAGGUGCUCAGACUAAAGAUCUAUGGAGCCACUCGCGCGAACAGCUUGGGUUCUGUAAGGAGUUGUCAGCCUUGGAGUAUUGUGUCAGGAGCUUUGCUCCUUCACAGCUACAGCUACAGCUACAGGCGUGUGCUGACAUUCCCGCUGCCCAUGUGUAUGUCGUGAGGGCCGUAGUGUUUCAUGCAUUUUUUAAAAAUACUUACAUAGGACCAGGAAUUGGAAACAGAAUGGAAUUUGUGCCCCAGUGACUCAUAGGUCUAUGGGUGGACGUUUUGUGGUGAACUCUAUGCUGCAGCUUUGACAAGCAAUUUUUUUUUUCUUUUCAAGACUCUUGUUGGCACUGUUGCUAGAUUUAAUGCCUUGUGCUGUCUUCACUGACAACGUCUGGAGGCUUGGACUAGUAGUCUCGGUUGCAGGUUCUUCAGUCAUAAAAUAAGAGCUGAGGGCUCAGGCAGAGAUGAGGGAGAGCAGCCGGCUGAUGCCCAGAGACACCACAUCCCUGUGACUAUACCAGCACCUCCAGGGCCAGGCCAUCUGAAUCGUCAGUGUCAUGGAGCCUCCUGGAGAGAAGCCAGGAGAGGCUGAGGUGCUGAGCAUCACACCCCAGCUGCUGAAGUCCCGAUCUGGAGAGUUUGCCCUUGAUUCCAUCCUAUUGCUAAAACUUCGGGGUUUAGGGCUGGUGGACCUGGGCUGUUUGGGGGAGUGCCUGAGCCUUGAAUGGCUUGACCUAUCGGGGAAUGCACUUACCCACCUGGGCCCACUAGCGUCUUUGCGCCAGUUGGCUGUGCUCAAUGUCUCCAAUAAUCGGCUGACAGGGCUGGAGCCACUGGCGGCCUGUGAAAACCUGCAGAGCCUCAAUGUUGCUGGCAACCUGCUGGCUGCUCCUGGCCAGCUGCAGUGUCUGGCUGGGCUACAGGGCCUGGAGCACCUGAGACUCCGGGACCCUUUGGCCCGGCUCAGCAACCCACUGUGUGCCAGCCCCUCCUAUUGGGCUGUGGUUCGAGAGCUGCUGCCUGGCCUCAGAGUCAUAGAUGGGGAACGUGUAAGUGGGAAGGGCAGUGAGCUGUACCAGUUAUGCCGAGACCUGGACAGCUCCUUGCGCCCCAGCUCCAGCCCAGGCCCCAGAGCCAUAGAGGCCCAGCCCUGGGUGGAACCUGGCUACUGGGAAUCCUGGCCCAUGAGGAGUAGCUCCAUUCUGGAAGAGGCCUGCCGGCAGUUUCAGGACACAUUGCAGGAAUGCCUUGACCUGGACCGCCAGGCCAGUGACAUCUUGGCCCAGGCCCAGCAGGCUCUGAACCCUGCAGAAACCACGUCUUCCUUUGUCUUCUGAUUGUGCCUCGUAGCCAGGUGCUCUCAGCGUCGUGCUGACGCCGACAUCCCUUUCCUGCCCCAGGCCCUUGCCUCUGGUUUUCUCUGCUCACUGACCCUGCAAACUCGUUUAUCCUAACUCCUACCCUUCAUCUCCCCGAGGACACUUCCUGCCCUCCUUCCACCCAAUCAGAGGCAUGAGCAGGUGUCAGAUUUCCUCACUAUCUGGCAAAUGUUGCAGCUAAGCCCAGCAUGCUGAGCAUGGGCUCUCGCUAGUGCCAAGCCUGAGGCUUUGUGGGUAAUGUUACUUGCCACCUGCUGACUCUCACUAAACAGUUCUCUGCUCAUUUGUGCCAUUUCUUGUCUCUUCCUCAGGAAAAGUAUGGCCU